CGCUCAUUUCUUCGUCCCGAGGCCCGGCCGGCGGCCCCAGUCACGAGCAGCACCCACAUCCCAUCCCAACUCCGGCACCUCGGCCUGCCACGUCUCCACAUAACAAGCACCACAUCCACAUGGUCCACGACGGCUGACGGCACGACCUCCCCGGCUGUCUCUCCUACCUCCUCCUCUCCCCCUCCAGUCCUCCCUCGCUCGCUCGACCUCCUCCUCACGACGCGAGGCGUGGAGCCGGUCACCGGGUCACGGCCACCGCCGCGCCCGCCCGCCGGAGACCCGGCCGGUCCGCAGCCAUGGCCACUUCCUCCUCGUCGCUCACGACGCUCCACUCCCGCUUCCUCUCUUCCACUCCUUCCUCGCCCUACAUGGCGGCGCUGCUGCCCCGACGGCGAAGUGCCGGGGCGCGGCGGUACCCUCGCAUCCGGGCCAUUGACCUCGACCAGAACACGAUUGUGGCCAUUUCGGUGGGCGUCGUCAGCAUCGCCGUGGGAAUAGGUGUCCCAGUGUUCUACGAGACUCAAAUCGACAAUGCCGCAAAGAGGGAGAAUACACAGCCGUGCUUCCCCUGCAGUGGUUCUGGCGCGCAGGUAUGCAGGUUUUGCACUGGAAAGGGCAUUGUUACUGUAGUGCUUGGUGCAGGCGAGACUGAAGAGUCACAGUGCGUCAACUGCGAGGGCAUCGGCUCUUUGACAUGCACUACAUGCCAAGGCACUGGAAUCCAACCACGCUAUCUUGACCGCAGGGAGUUCAAGGAUGACGACUGAUGAAGGCUUUAUUACCAUCUUUGGUAGUAUGUCAAAGAUGUAACAUCACGGUCUAGUUUGAGGAUUUGAGGAGAGCAUUGCAUACGCAGAAGAGAUGUACCUACAUAGGAUCCAUCUGAUUGUUUUGUGUUGUAUUAUAUAUGUUCCAGUUUGGUAAAUAUAGAUGACAUAUGCCCUCCAGCAGAGAAGAUAAUGUCUCAAAUUUAAGUGCUCAACGUUUUGCGGGAGAUGUAAUAUAUUAUAUUCUUCUGAUUUUGUCAUGCAAAAUUGCAAGAGUGAACAAAAAGACUCCCUCCAAAUAGAGGGCGCACUAAGCAUCAA